UCAUACCCUCCAAAAGUACAUAAAUGCAGGGUUCAGAAACUCUCAAUGGGGUUAAGAACCAGACCUAUAGACCCAGCUCCAUUCAGCCAUGACGGGGUUCCCUCUGGCUGUCGUCAUGCUCCUUCAUCUGUCGUCUUCUUCCUCUUCCACUUCCUUGCCAUCGUCUACAGUGUUGGAUCCUCUGUUUCUGUACAUCGAUGAACAUCAGAAUGAGUUUGUCCAGAGGCUGCGUGAGUGGGUGGCCAUUAAGAGUGACUCCAGUGACCGGACGCUCUGGGGUGAGACCCACAAGAUACUCAACAUGACUGCAAACAGGAUUCAGGAGAUGGGAGGUCAGGUGGAGUUUGCUGACAUAGGCACUCAGAAGCUGUCAAAUGGGGAGUCCGUGGCUCUGCCACCUGUCCUCCUGGCACAAUUUCAGAGGGACCCGAAUAAACCCACGCUCUGCAUCUAUGGACAUGUGGACGUCCAGCCUGCCAAGAAGGAGGAUGGCUGGUCCACUGACCCCUACAACCUGACUGAGAUCAAUGGCAAUCUGUAUGGCAGAGGGGCCACAGAUAACAAGGGUCCGGUCCUGGCCUGGCUGCAUGCCCUGGAGACAUACAAAGCCAGCAAGCAGGAGGUGCCAGUGAACCUAAAGUUUGUCAUCGAGGGGAUGGAGGAGGUCGGCUCAGAUGGCCUGGACGAGCUGACCAGACAGCGGAACGAGAGCUUCUUCUCCGACGUGGAUUACAUUGUCAUCUCCGACAACGUGUGGGUCAGCAAGAGGCCGGCCCUCACCUAUGGCACCAGGGGGAGCAGCUACUUCUUUGUAGAGGUGGACGGCCCGAAGCUAGACCUGCAUUCCGGAGUGUUCGGAGGGUCUGUUCAUGAGCCCAUGACAGAUGUGAUAACCCUGCUUGGCAGCCUGCUGAACCACACAGGGAAAAUCCUCGUCCCAGGGAUCUACGAGUCCGUGGCCCCGCUGACUGAGGAAGAGAGGAAGCUGUAUAAGGACAUUCACUUUGACAUGGAGGAAAUGAAAAAUCAUAUUGGGGUCAAGAGCUUCUUACAGGACAAUAAGGAAGAAAUCCUCAUGUCUCGCUGGCGCUACCCAUCCCUGUCCAUCCACGGGAUCGAGGGGGCGUUCUCUGACCCGGGCUCGAAAACAGUCAUCCCCCGACGCGUGAUUGGGAAGUUCUCCAUCCGCCAGGUGCCCAACAUGGACCCAGCUGUUGUGGAAAGACAGGUAAAAGAGCACCUGCAGGAGGUCUUUGCCAAGCAGAAAAGCCCCAACAGCCUGAAGGUGAUGGUAACAGUGGGGGCUAAACCAUGGGUGGCCAACUUGAAUGACCCACAGUAUAUUGCUGGCCGAAAGGCGGUUAAAGCGGUUUUUGGAGUGGAGCCGGAACUGAUCCGAGAAGGAUCCACAAUUCCCAUUGCCAACAACUUCCAGGAAGUGACAGGGAAGAGUGUGAUGAUGCUGCCCAUUGGAGGACAUGAUGACGGAGAACACUCUCAGAAUGAGAAGAUCAGCAGGUACAACUUCAUUCAAGGGACAAAGCUCUUUGUUGCCUUCUUUUAUGAGCUUUCCAAGCUCCAGAAAGACCAGUGAAUGUCACAUGCAAUCUUCUGUUUUUUUCAUGGAAGGCUGCUAAAAAGACGUUCUGUUGCCUCUUCAGCAUCGCGACCAUGAAAGGGACAGUGCACUUUCAGUGGCUUUGGAUAUUAUUUCAAUUUUAGUAAAUAUUUUGGAUUGGACAAAAUCAUUUUUGUGUGCUGUGAAUGAUAUUCACAGAGAAAUUUCCAAUGACAGGCUUCGCAAUGGCAAAUAAAGGGACAUUUAGGGCUGUAUUUUAACAGCCUAAGCGCAUGGUGAAAAGCACAACCUGCAAGUGCAUUUUGGGAAAUGUUAUGCAACACAACAGGCCACAAAGAACAUUCAGGCUAUCUGAGAGCUGUAUUGUAAUGUUCCACCUGACUUAUGCAAACAUCUGAAACACAUUUUCAGUACUCCAAACUCCUCUCUAUUGGGCCAAUGCAUUCAAUACAUUUUCCAUUGAAUGACAAUUGACACGCUAUAUAGGCCUACAUAUCAUCAGACAUAUCUUUUAAUGAAUAGCCGUUGUCCCAAAAUUGGCCAUUGGCCAAUUUUAUUUGUCAUUACUACAAUUGUCUAAUUUGUAUCAAUAUUAUGACCAUCCAUUAUGACAUGUUGCAUUUUAUUGUGUAUUUUUGAUAUACACAAUAAUAAUCUUUCACAUUGUAAUCUUGAUGCUGACAGGAGGGUGCAUGUGCAUUGCACACCCGCCUACGUAGGCAUAUUACUCAACCCUCAACAUUGCGCCCAACUCUCAACAUUGCGCCCUUACAAUAGCAGUGCAACUCCAACAGGACUUAAGACCAAGCUUUGGCCGGUCAGAACUCAAAAGCUUUCAGCUCCAUUAAAAUAGCAAUACGCGGACAAUUACUGUGACCAUACCUAAUUUUAAGACCACCCACGUGGGCGCAAGGCUUUUUGCUAUUUUAACAUGCUAUUUUGCAUCUGUCUGAAAUAGCACAGACAGUGUUUGGAAUACCACCACGUUCUGCCGAGUCCAAGACAGAGAGUUCUGUGGUCUUCGCAAAAUUUGUCUCAUUUUAGAUAGCAUCACAGUGCUAAAACAAAUAUUUUGAGGAUUGCUGAUUCUCGAGACUGCUCUGUGUUGGUGCUGUUGGAUUAAAGUGCAGCAUUUAAUACAACUGGUUAUUCCAUGCUGAUUGACAGACUGAGGAAUUCGCAGAGGAUCUCUGUGACUGUGCUGAAAUGAUUCUUAUUGCGUUGGUUAAAUAGAAAAUGGUUGAUUUCUCUUGGUGAUUAUGUGUCCUUCUCUACAGCAGUUACUUCUGGUAUUCCUCAGGGCUCAGUACUUGGGCUGAUCUUGUUUUCUAUUUUCUAUUUCCCUUGGGUCUGAUCAUUCAUCAGCAUUAUAUAUUUUUAAUAGUUAUGCUGACAAAACUGAGCUGUACUUGUCAAUUAAACUUACUGAUCUUAACAAGUUGUUGCUGCUGAAUGAUUUUUUAGCUAACGUGCAAAUUGAUGGCUCAGUUUCUUUCAGCUGAACUCCAAUAAAACUGAAGUUCAUAACA